AAAGUGUAAUUAAUAGCGACCACAGAAAUGUAUGGACUUUUAUCGCACUUUACGUGUUUUUGUGAAGCUUUAAAGCUUGAAUUUCUACUUUUGUUUUCCACGGAUGACAGACAGUCAACAUUAGGUGAAAUCUCAUUUAUAAUGUGGACGCGAUCUACACUCAAGUUUCUCCUCGGUGUGUUAGCUGCGAUUAAAGUUCAGCCUGCCCCAGAAGAGCUGUGUCCUCGACAAGAGCCCCUUCCUGGAGUUUUGGUCUUGAAGUUAGGAAGCAAUGUUGUGUUUGGCUGCAGAGGCUAUAUCACUGUGGACGGUGUGCCGUUGGCUUCGGCCAGUGUCAUGAAUAAAAAAUACAGCAAGCAGAGAGAAGACAUCACAGUCAGCUGGACAUCCCAGAAAGGUUAUGCUAAUGCUACACAGCUAACCAGUAUGAAGGGAAAUGCUGCAACUGGGACAUACCAAAAGACUAAUUCUGCUAUGCAUACCAAAGCUAUAGGGGACACAACGAUCACCGUUAAACCACCUGUAUCCAUAAGAAAGGAACAAAACACUUCUAGACGUGUUUUGCGUGCUGUCACUCAAACUACUGGACAGGAGGAAGAGGUCUUUGGUAUCACCAUGGGGACAGAUUUUGAGCAAGAUGAUUAUGAGGACUAUGAUUAUGAAGAGGAACGGUCCAGGGUGACAAGAGGCAUCAAAAAGCGAACACGCUGGACUCUCAAUGGACGACAAGUUCAUGCUGGAGUGGAAAGGGGAGGGAUUUUAAGACGUCCUCAUCUCAGCUUGGCAGAUGCUGGAAAUUACAGCUGCUACAGAGGAGAGAGACUCAUUUCCACAGUCAGAAUCAGCGUAGGGGUGCCCCCAGAGAGUCCAACUGUCUACUGCUACAGGAAGUUUCACACAAGUAAAGUCCGCUGUGAUUGGACAUCCAAAAAUCCAGUUACCCCACGGCCACUGUGUUACCUACUUCUUAUUAGAGGAUUGUUUGGCAACGCCACUCAAAUUCCUUGUUCAUUCUCCCGCUCCCGCUGUUGGUGUGCUUUUCACGUGGAGGAGGGUGACAGAGCUCUCCAUGCAGCAAAAAUGUGCGUGUCUAAUACAGCAGGCAGUGCCAUGAGCCCUUACCUCCGCUUCAAGCUGCACGACAUCAUUAAGCCAGACCCUCCAACCGACGUGAAGGUGAGAGCAGUUGAGGGCCAGAAGCAUAUGCUUAAAGUAUCCUGGUCUUAUCCCAGUUCCUGGAAGCAUGGCUUCUAUGCCUUGCAUUUCCAGCUGAGAUACCGACCACAACUCAAAGAGCAGUACCAGUCAGUGCUGAUAGAUGACAGGAUGGACAAAGAAGUGUCCUGGACAAUUUAUGAUGCUCUGCCACACAUUCAAUAUGAAGUGCAGCUCCGGGCCAAGGAUGAGUUCGAUGGCCUCUGGAGUGACUGGACUGACACAGUCUAUGCAGUCACUUGGACAGAUCCUGAGAUGACUACUACAUCUGAGAGUAUUACUUUGGAGCCUGUUGAGAUGUUUCCUGAAGAUUCAGAAGGAUCUGGAGAAGGCCCUGGUGUAGGUUCAGAGGUAAUAGAUGGAGCUGAUGAUAUUGAAUAUGCAACAGUUGUGUAUGUGUCAUGUGUUUUUGGGCUGUGUUUUCUUGUAGUCUCCACCAUGCUCAUAGUCUGUGUACUCAGGAAUAGGCUUCAUUUCAUGUCUAAAAUAGGAAAACAGACUUUGCCCUUUGCAUUCUUCCUUCAUUCCCCUCGACCUGUUCCUGCUCCUGUCCACUCUGAGCAGCUUCCAGAGGAGGGAAAGUCACUGAUGUCUCCUCCCAAACACAGCCAGCAAGACUUCCUUCCUGUUCAGCAAGAGGUGCUGGAGGGCAUUCAUCUGCAUAAUAUUGAUUACUUCCUGUCUCCAGGCAUAGACAGACAUGAGUAAACUGAAGAAAUAUACUGUGAUAGACUAAGAAUCACAGACUGGGAUUUGUGUUCAGUAACAGUAUUGUGAGUGCAAACUCAAUUUUGAGUGUUACUGUAUAGACAAAGUAAUUCAUCUUGUCCUACAUUAUUUUUGACUACUAUCAGAACCAUUUGUAAAUAAAAUUUUUAAAGCAAUUUCUACAAAAUGCCUGCCAUCUGUUGACAAUGGCAGUCUCAAAUGUGAAGCAAAAGCACUUUUAUAAAUAGCUUUGGAUAUGAGUGUCUUCUAAAAGCCUUACAUGAAUGUUAAGAUAAUCUAAUUCAACAUAAAAAAAAAAUAUUUUGACUCAUCCCUUGUUUAAAAAAAUAUAGGAAUCGAGAUUAUGGUGAGUAACUUACAGUGAAAGUGAAUGGGACCAAUUUUUGGAGGAUGUGAAGCUUACAGUUUUACAGUCAUACAGUCGUUCCUGAGAGAGCGGAGAUAGGACCAAGGUGUAGCCAGUUUUAUUUGCAGCAGAGGAAAAUCAGUCCCCUUUUGGCUUAUAUUGAAAUCCUCUGCCAUUUUUCUUUACAAAUCCAUAUUUUGUACUUUUAAUUCAUUACUGUUGUUUUGUUUUGUUUUGUUUUGCUCUCUCCUCUCCUCCACUUCUUAUUAGAGCUUACGCUAUGCCUGCAUCCUACGUCAUCCGCUGGAACGCCACUCUCUCGUGAACAAGUGUAUGACAGUUAGCGGACGCAUGAGAUUACAGUUUAUAAAGUUUAAAAUAUGGGUAUUUUUCUUACACAAAUGCUUGGAUUCAUUUCAGAAGGUCUUUAUUAACCUCUCAGAGCCGUGUGAAGUACUUUUUAUAAUGGAUGGAUGCACUUUUUGCUUCAAAAUCUUGACUACCAUUCAAUGCCAUUAUAAAGUUUGGUAGAGCCAGGAUAUUUUUUUCCGUACUAUUGAAACUGGAUUUUAAUGUGUACGGAUUGGCCCCAUACACUUCCACUGUAAAACAAAUUUUACUUUAAAAUUUUAAAGAAAAGUUUAACUUGCUUUGAACCUGGAUGUAAUUUUUGUGUUUGCAAAUAUGCCUGCUGAUUAAAGCAAAUUUACUUACGAAGACUACAAAUCACCUGUUGGGAGAAGUUUUGGUGAGCUAUAUUUUUAUUGUGUCUAACAGUUAUACUAGUUAACUUCAGGGAGAGUCAUUUUAUUUGAAUAUGGCAUAGAAUAAGGAAUAUUGUGCAGUGUUUCACAGUUUCUUGUUUGUACAGAGUUUUAUAUGCUGAACAUGUUUCAUAUUGAAUAUAUGAAUAUGCUGGAUGAUAUUUUAAUUUAA